AUGAUGGCUGAGGAACCGCUCUCAAGUUUAGUUCAGACGUGGCUUUUGUGGGAUCAGGACUCCAAGACUCGCUCGGAGGUAGAGAAGCUGCGAGAUGCCGGUGCUUCGGAAGAGUUGGAAACUCUUCUCCGAAAGCGCAUCGAAUUCGGCACUGCCGGUUUGCGCGGUCGCAUGUCAGCAGGAUUCUCCCGUAUGAACUCAUUGACGGUGAUCCAGGCUUCUCAAGGACUUGCAAAGUACAUAAAGACAAGAAAGCCGCAGAUUGCAUCAAAGGGAGUAGUCAUUGGCCAUGAUGCCCGCCAUCAAUCUCGCCGAUUUGCCGAGCUUGCGGCCAAUGCCUUCAUUGCACUUCAGAUUCCUGUGUGGUUCUUCUCGGAGAUCUCACCGACUCCCAUGGUUCCGUAUGGAAUCAACCACUGGAAAGCUGCGGCGGGUGUCAUGGUGACUGCAAGUCACAACCCACCCCAGGAUAAUGGCUACAAAGUUUAUUCCAGCAAUGGUGCUCAAAUCAACAGACCUGAAGAUGCAGACAUCGCCCAGUUCAUCCGUGAGAACUUGCAGCCAUGGUCUACUGCUUGGGAUGAACUGAGACCCAACGAGUUUUUACAUGAUGAUGCAUACCAGACACUCAUUCUUCCGUACAAGGAACAAGUCGCAAAAUAUGCGAUUUCAACUGUCACCUCACAACUUUAUGUGCCCCCAUUCGUAUACACCCCUUUACAUGGAGUUGGAGGCACAGUACUUCCAGCCCUGUGCAGUACCCAGUUACAGAGCAGGGAUUUCGUGUCUGCUCCUCUCCAGGAAAAGCCGGAUCCUGACUUCCCGACUGUGAAAUUUCCCAACCCUGAAGAAGCGGGAGCUCUGGAUCAUUCCAUGACAACUGCAGACCAACUAGGUCGAAUUUUAGUUAUAGCCAAUGACCCGGAUGCAGACCGGUUUGCUGUAGCCGAGAAAAGAGGCAACGAAUGGUUCCAAUUCACAGGUGACCAGAUCGGCGUCUUAUUAGCGUCUCAUGUUAUGGAGUUCCUGGAUCGCAGCAGCGAAGACCCAACGAAGGACACGUUUCUGACAACAGCCGUAUCAAGCCGCAUGCUUGAAAAGCUGGCUACAGCCAGGGGUUCCCUAUUUCAAGAGACAUUGACAGGUUUUAAAUGGCUAGGAAAUGUAGCCCGAGACCUUGAAGGUACGGGGCAAACUGUACCUUUUGCUUACGAGGAAGCACUUGGGUAUAUGUUUUCUUCCAUCUGCUACGAUAAAGAUGGUAUCACAGCUGCUGCAGUGUUUCUCAUGGCAGCUGCCAAAUGGAAGGAGGAGGGGUUGACACCAUACUCUAAACUCGAGCAACUCUUUGCGCAGCACGGCUUCCAUGAAACAUUGAAUAAUUACUUCCGGGCUACAAAUCCUGAGUUAGUGACUCAACUCUUCCGUGGGAUCAGAAGCGGUCCUUUCCUCCCUGAGAAGAAAUUGGGACCAUUCAAAAUCCUUCGAUGGAGAGAUCUAACAGAAGGAUUUGAUUCUUCUACAGCUGAUGGCAACCCCGAUUUACCGAUAGACCCUACUAGCCAGAUGCUAACAUUGUGGUUAGAGGGGGGUGUGCAGUUCACGCUCCGGGGUUCAGGCACGGAGCCGAAAGUCAAAUUCUAUAUUGAGUGCGGUACAGAAUCUAGGGAUCUUGCAACUGAGAGAGUCUGCCAGACUUUCUACGCGAUUGCGAAGGAAUGGAUUGUGCGCUAUGCUCCUUCUAUUGCCAUCCCUGACAAACUUCGUACAUCCUCCGGACAUGUUAUGGUCGUUGAAUGA